AUGCAGGUGGUGUCGUUACUGGAGAACAUGAAGCAAGAACUGGUGGCUGAGGGAGAGCAGGAACAACAGAACUUCGAUAAGUUCAACUGCUACUGCCAGAGCCAGCGCGAGUCGCUGAGCGCUGAGCUCAGCGCAGCUGAGAAACGGCUGCCGAGCCUCCUCUCCGAGACCGAAGCCUUAGAAGCCUCCGCGGUGAGUUUGGAGGCGGAGCUGAAGAAAGAUUCCAAGGAUCGCAAGGAGGCCACAGAGGGAGCCGAAGAAGUGAGGGAGUUGCGGGAGAAGACCAGUCAAGAGAGCCGAGGAAGGCUCCAAGCUCUGUCGAAGAACUUGCAAGCCCUGGACAGCGCCAUAGGUUUGCUGCGGCAAGGCGCAAGCUUCCUGCAGAUGCCAACCUUGGAAUUGGAGGAGGUGGUAGAGACGCACCUAAAGCCAGAGGACAGGCACCAUGGUUUUGACCGUCUAGAGGUGGUUUUGUCAGCUGUAGGACGCGCGGACACAAGAAGUCCUGAGUUUUUUGGAGGGUUCCAGCGAGGGUUCUCCUAUGACGAGUCUGGUUUUGGGGACCCUCGAGUCACUGCUUCUGGGCUGGCGUGGGUGCGCUGGGAGAAAUGGAAGGACCAGCUGCAGCAAGACUACGACGAAGCCAAAGCCGCCCAAAACCUGGCCACGCGCGACUUCGCAGCGCUGAUGCGCUCGAAGACGGGGGAAGGCCGCUCCCUUCAGGAGCAGCUGGGGAAGAAGUCCCAACGUCUGGGGGAUUUGAAGCUACGCCUGGUGGAAACUCGAAAGGAUGCUGCUGAAGUGAAAAAGCUGAAAAUGGAGAACUACAAGCUCCUCUCCGACCUGACCGAGUCCUGCGACCGCCAAGCGGCCGCCUGGAAGCAGCGUUGGGCCGUCCGCGGCGACGAGCUGGCGGCGGUCUCGGAGGCCUUGGAAGAAGUGACGGCGUUCCAAACGGCCUUGGUGCAGGAAGCGGUGAGCUUCCUUCAACUGCCAGCGUUGGCCAAUGCGGCCGCGCAGAAACUCGCGGGCCUGGGCUCGGUACAUCCGCGAACGCAAUUCAUCAUGCUGGCGCUCAAGGGAAAGAAAAUUGGCACGGAUGAAGUGAUGCGGAUGAUCGACAAGAUGGUUGAGAAUCUGGAGGAAGAGAAGACAUCUGAGGCGAAGAAGAAACAGAAUUGCCGCGGAGAAUAUCGCCUGGUGGCUUCAAGAGAGGGCAGCCUUCAGAGCAAGCAGCAACAAGCUGAAGAAUCGCUCCGCGAUGUGCAGGAGCUAUUCCUGCAGAUGGAAGACGAUUUGAAGCGAAUGGACGGAAGCAUUCAGGAGUUAGACAACUCCGUAGAGAAAGCCACGGAGCUUCGCAACGCCGAGCGUCUAAGUCACAGCGAGUUGAAGUCGCAUUCCCUGGAGACUCAGGAGAUGUUGGAGAGCGCCACGAAACGCCUCGAAAGGACCUUUCGGAAACGUGACGAUGGUUCCUUCUUAGAAGAGGUGUCUUCCCGCUUCCACCAUCGCCAUCGCGUGACCGAUGCCGACUCCGACACCUCUGCACGACUUGGGUCCAAGUCGCGUGCCCUGGGAGUCAUUGGGUUGCUUCAGCGCAUCCUGGAGGACGCGAAGCUGGAGCUGAAGGAGACAGAGAUGGCGGAGAGAAGAGCGGAAGCGGAGUACCAGGGCUUCUUGAAGGACGCGGCCGCAAAACGGUCGGAGGAGAAGUUCGCGCUCGUGCAGAAGCGAAGCCAAAAGGCGACCUUGGCCGCAGAGCUGCAAAACUCAAAGGUGCUGCAUGCUACCACCAAGAAAGAAGAGUUGGCAAACCAGGAAUACAGGCUAGCUGUGGACAAAGACUGCGAAUGGCUGCUUAAGAGCUGGAAAGAUCGCGUUGACGCCCGAGAUCGCGAAGUGGAGGCUUUGAGACAAGCUAAGGCCACCUUGACUGCCAGCUCGCAGGAGCUCUCCCUUGCUUCGCUGGUAGUGAUCUCAGGGGCUAUGGCAAGUUUUGGUGCAGCUCCAAAGACUAAGACGAGGUGCCAACUGGCAACCUGCGUGGUUCUGGUGUGUGAGAAAAAAAGGUGUGAGCCGAGUUGGAUGCAGCUGGCCUGGGUUGUGAAGAAGUUGUCGAUGGUGGACGUGAUGUGCAUGGGUGUCUUGGUGGUGACCUUGUGCUUUUCCAUGUACAGGAAGUAUGUCCUGGUGGAGAUGGGCCUAGGGCAGUGGCUACUUGUUGGCGCCGAAGUGAUUCACUACUUCUUGUACUACACGGUGAAAGGCGUCAUUGAAGUCACGGAAAAGGUUGACCUGGGCAACACAGUCAAGGGCGAUGAGGAGACCGACAUUUCCAGUGACGAGAGCAAUGAAAGCAGCAGCGACAGCGAGGCCGGUGGCGAUUCUCCUGUUUCGCAGAUGAGGUGCGGCAGGGAGACUCCCACGGAUCGCCCCCGUCUGGGCUUGCUGAGCGCAUGCCGACCUGUCACCGUGCUGAGCAUGGUGACACACCUGAAGGUUCAUUCUCUCAGGCACUUCCUGGCCUCUGUGCCGGAGGCUGCAAUGGAGUCUGCAUGGUCAUCCUUGCUGGAAGGCCUGGAAAGCGGGCGUUUGUGUCGGGUGUUGCCGAUUCUUCUGAAGGAGGUGGAGCUGCACCAGACUCUGGCAGCUGUCAUGUCCCUAGUAAAGCCCAACAAUCUGAUUGAGAUCUUGAGCCGAGUGCCACCGGGCCAUUUGCGAGCAGUCUGUAAAGCAUCGCCCGAGUCGAUGGUCCAGUUGCUCUCCCAUACGGAACCUGACAAGGUUCGUGAGAUGGUCAUUCCGAUGCUUCUUGAGCCCCAAACCGUCAUCGAUGGGAGCCUGGUGCCCGUGCUGGCCAAAGUUCAGGACCCCACCCGCUUGGCGAAGAUCAUUAAUUUGGUGGACAAGGAGGUGUUGCUUCAUCUACUGAGACAUGUAGAUGGAGAGCAUUUGGCCACCUUGGUGAAUGCCUUUGAAAAUGACAAGGACUUUGAGGCGGAGGGUGCAGUCAUCAGGCUUCUACAGGAGGCUUCAAAGGACUACAAACUCCUCCAAGAGAAAGUGGCGCCCUUGAUGCGUGAUGUUGCCCGCGUGGUCUGUGGUGUACAGCCUCCAAAGCUUCUUGCAGUGCUGCGGCAAGUGGAUUGUAAUUCGGUGCUGACACUGAUGGCCAGCGCCAAUGAGGACCUGGUUGUCCAAAUUCUGGCUGGGCCCUUGGAUAGCAUCGCCACCAAGACCGCCCCUGGAGUGGCGGAGGUGAUGAACGAGCUGAGUGCCUUCAUGUCCGUGAUGGUCGAGGGAGCUGACCAGGUCUUCGAGGUGGUGAAGUCCAGAACCUCUUCGGAGAUCGAGGCCGUCAGCAACCAGGUGGUCGAUGCUGAAAAAGUGUGUGGCGGGUGA